GACAUAGCACAUUCUCCAGCAGGCAGACAGUGGUCUUGGAUUUCCCAGCAGAUCAGAUUUCUAAAGGGGACCGGAGUUGACAGAUGGCUUCCAGGAGUGCAGGCACCUUAAUCACGGACAACAAUGCAACCUAUAUCCCACCUGCUAUGAUGCCUGGUUACCGUGGUCACAUUCCAACACAAUCAUUUACUUAUGGAGAUACAUAUGGCAAUACUUCAGCUCGCUGGUUCCAGGAUUUUCGAUCCAGUGUUCUAAACUCCAGUCAAACUCCUUACUGCAAAGGGGGUCAGUUUGCCACCAGCUUUUCAAAUGACCCUGAGUUGGUUUUAACAAGCAGGUCCCGUGGCUGGAACAGAUGGCUAUACAGCCCAAAGGUCUCCAGAUAUAAUGUUGAUUUUGACAGAACACAAGAACUGAAAGAUUUUAAAAAGAUUGCACAACAACACCGGGAUCACUACAAAGACAAAACCGGCACUGUGCAUCAGGUGACACACUUCACUUUACCCAUAAAAAAUGAGGAGACAUAUCCACUCCCUCAGCAAAAAUUUUGAUCUUACACAACGAGUACAUCAGCUGCAACCUUAUGACAAAUAAUAAAACUAUUAGAACCAAUAUCCGGAUAUUUUGAUUUUGUGAGUGCGCUGCCAGAACAGAACACAGUGCAAAUCAUGUGCUGCAGAAUAUAUACAUACCGUUUAUUACACCGUAUAUCUGAUCAUUAAUGCUGUUAUUUUGAUGUCUUAAUCAAGAAGCGGAUUUUGAUAUUUAACACAUGUUCGUUAUAAUUAUUUCUUGUGCCUCCUUUUAAUAAAAGUCUGAAAAGUUA